AUGAAUACUUCAAGGAAGGUCGUGAAAACUGGAGUGUUGAUAAAACAACAGUUUGUUUGCAACAAGUUUCGGAAGCCUCAAGCCGAUGACGGAGGGGCGGAAAAGAUUCUUGUGGUAGAUGAUAUUGUUGAGCAAACAAAAGAUGAUGAUGAAGACGAGGAUAUUGUCUUUGUUGAUGAUGAUAGUAAAACAAAAAAGAGGAGCAAGAAACGAAAGAGAGAUAAAAUAUUACCAACUGGUUGCAAAGCUAAGAUGGUUAUCAAACUGAUAGAUGGCAGAUGGGAAGUGAUAUAUUUUGUUGGCGAGCACAACCAUCCAUUAGUUGACAAACCAUGUUUGACUAAGUACUUGAGAUCACACCAAGGGAUCCCAGCAGAAGAAAGGGCCUUCCUUACCCACCUUCAUAACUGCAAUUUGACAAUAGACUAA